CAAGGUUGGUAGCAUGUCUCUUACCUUGGACUGACAAGUUCUGUGGUCAUGUUGAGGUCCGUCCAUUCACCAUGGGACGCCCAAGACGACCUUCGGAGCGUCCGCUCCUAUGCUCCACCUCACACUCGUUUUUCUUCAAUAUCCGAAUUUUCCGAUUCCCCGUCAGUCUACAGUCACGCUUACUUCUCUCCAGACAGCAGGGAUAUUGAACCGAAUACCAGCUCAUAUCGCUAUGAUGUACCAGACUCCUCCAGCCAACGUCGGCCAUCCAUUUCGAACUCUGACUACCUCGAUGAUUAUGCAGCGAGUAGUUUGGAUCUCGAUGAUGAGGACGUUGCGAGUGUUUUAAUUAACACACUUGGCGACACGGAAAAUGAUGACGAAGACGACGAUACCUCCCAUAGGAUAAGUGUUCAGGGUCCAAAGAUACGGUUCCACUCUCGAGCUCCUUGGGAAACCGGAGAAGAUAACAUUGACGAGAACGACUCAGAUCAUAGUGCAAUGUCCAAUGUCUUUGGCAAAAAAGUCAAAAGUAAGACUGCGAAAGCUGAUCUCAUGCGGCACUUCGGCAAGAGUUCUUCCGCCAGACCCAGCGCCGAGUCAAUUCGUUCUCAGGUUCAAUCCAAUAGCUCUUUUGAAAUUGUUGCGGGUAAUCAAUCUGGCUCGCGAGGUGCCUUGUACACCCUGGCCCAGGAAUCAUUCUCGACCUCCUCUUUGACUGUCCCCAGCUCUCAACGGGUUCCUGCCCUUUCGCUAAGAAAUUGCCAUAAUUUUUCUCUUCCCCGCACUACAAACUAUCCACCCACAACUCACUACGACGACCAGAUGCCAGAAGAACCUCAGUCUCCCACGAGCUCCUUGCAAGAAAUGGGACACGUUUCCCGGUCAUCAUCCUCCACACAAGAUAUACCCAGACCAUACUCUCCAGCUUCCGAGGUUCCACGAAAUCACGAACGUUGUGCUACCGUUUCGUCGUUUCAUACUUCCAGAUGUCGCGUGUCUCACGAGGACUUCGUACAUCCCUAUGCCAACCCUGAUUUGGUUGCUUCUUAUACCCCUCCUAGACCUACCCAGCUCCGUUCUACCUUUGGACAUGUCUCGCGGAGCGAUUCGGCCGUCACUGUGACGGACUCACUGAGUUCACGGUCCGGUGCUUUCUCAUCCACUAUAACACCAGAUACCUCUGCCUCAUCUAUACCAUCACGAGAUCACAUUUCCUCCACGGGCAUGCGUGUUCAUGGCAAAGAUAUUUCUCCCCCCAUCGCAGUUCUCCACUCCAGCGACCUCAAUUCCACGCAAUGCGAUCAAAGCACCAACUUACCGUCUUUUCACCCCCCACCCGCAUUUGAAGGUGUCCCAGGUUGGAAUGCUUAUCCCUCUUCAAGUGUCACUUUGAUAUCGCUGCAGGAGGCACAAGCGAGAGAAAGGACCCGUAGUGCUACUGCCAAUGCCGUGGUUUCGUCCCCCUCUCGGGCCCAUGAGACUACCUCACGCAUACCUUUUCCUGAUGCAGAUGACACUGCCAGUAUAGCGAGUACUGAGACUUCCGCUACUGGCAACUUCAAGCAAGCUCGCCCUCGUUCCACUAGUGCUGGCGCUCGUGCCAAAGGUGUCCUUCAUUCAGUCGUUGCGGCAUCUUUCCAUAAUAAGCCUGAGCGAAGGGGGUCAGAACCCGACACCAUUAAUUCCAGUGGCCAAACCCUGAAGCACAAGAAAAGCGGGUUUAUGAGGCUCUUUAAUGGGCGUGAACGGGAGAAAGGUCGUGACAAGGGGAGGAGUCCACCGCCCCCAGUUCCGCCUUUACAUGGUGUUUACUCGGACUACCCUCACGCAGGCAACGAAGAUAGUAAAUCGUCACUUCCAACGAUUCUACCUCGCCUGUCAUCCUUGAGCUCAGAUGCCAGGAGCAGCACUGCCCUCAACGAGUCCUCAUCAGAUGCCGAAGGACUUUCCCCAAAGAUGUCAUCACCUUCGCUGAAGCGCGCCCCGCCCUCGUUGUACAUAUCAACUGGCGCAUCAAACCGCUCUCCACUCUGUGCUGAUCAUCGACUCAUGGACCCAGCUCAAUCACCCCAGUCAGGCAAAAAACCACCUGGGCAUCCUCAGCUUGAGGCCAUUGACUUUCAAGCUCUUAAACUACGUCCAAUAUCUACGACGUUCAGCUCUCAAUUCGCUGACAUUGUUGCCAUCCCUGAGGUAGAGCAUACCCCUGAGCUCGAACUGGACACGCCGACAUCUACAAUCAGUUCAGUUGCAGCGCUCUCGCCCGUCACUCCUGGAUGGUCGCGACCUAGCGACGAUAAAUCAUCGCCAGAGGAACAAUCCCUCGUAAUCAAGGCUUUGCGGGAGCAGAUGAUAGCAGCGAAGAAGGCCUGGCAGCACCAAAUCUGGGAUCUGCAAGGUCAAGUGAGGAACUUGCAGGCUGAAAUUGAGGACCUUCAUGCUGCGGAUGAAGACAAGGGAUAUUGCGAACACUGCGGUAGGGGUGGUCCCAGAAAGGAGCGUGAAGCUUCUAAUGCAGGAGCGAAGAAAAUUGGGGUUGUCGACAGACCGAGGGGACGCACAGGCGAUUCCGCUCGUUUUGUCAGUAGAAACUAGGAAGGUUGGAUCACCAUCAUGGCCUUGUCACUCAUUAUUUCUUGCUUCAAAGGGCCACAUCAAAUAUAUGGCUGCUAAUCAGUCGGUCGUGUGCGUCUUGAUAUUUGGGCUUACAUUAUCUAUCUAGCUCUUGUCUUAUGUAUAACUUCUUGUUUUUCUUCCCCCCCGUGGCUAAUUAGGUAUAAUUCUAUUCAUCUUAUAAACUUAUCAGUAACUUACCACAUUCCUUUCGGCGCCUUCCUCAUUGUCGUUCAUUGUUGAUACCUUCGAUUUGUUCCAGUUCAUAUUUACCUCUCAAUCGGCAUACCUCUUUGAGUACUGUAUAUUGCUAGUUAUGUUUUCUCGCAGAAGAGAUGUAUGUGA